UGUUUGUUUUUUUUAAACAGAUAUUUUGAUAUACCAAUGGAGAUUUUACCAAAAGUGAGAAGUUCUUCGGAGAUUUAUGGUUUAAUGAAAUCUGGCCCUUUAACUGGUGUCCCCAUAUCAGGGUGUCUUGGUGACCAAUCUGCUGCUCUGGUUGGACAGAUGUGCUUUAAAGAUGGACAAGCUAAAAAUACUUAUGGGACUGGUUGUUUCUUGCUUAAGAAUGUAGGAACAAAGCCUGUUAUGUCAGACCAUGGACUUCUGACCACGGUCGCAUAUAAACUAGGGCGUGACAAGCCAGCCUGCUAUGCGCUAGAGGGUUCUGUUGCCAUUGCAGGAGCAGUUGUGCGUUGGCUAAAGGAUAACCUUGGGAUUAUCCAGACCUCUACAGAAUUGGAGAAACUAGCUGCUGAUGUUGGCACAUCAUAUGGUUGUUAUUUUGUUCCUGCAUUUUCUGGGUUAUAUGCUCCAUACUGGGAACCAAGUGCCAGAGGAAUAAUUUGUGGUCUAACACAGUUCACCAAUAGGAGUCAUUUGGCUUUUGCAGCCCUUGAAGCUGUCUGCUUCCAGACACGAGAGAUUCUUGAUGCAAUGAACCAGGACAGUGGAAUUAAUCUCUCUCAGCUCCAGGUUGAUGGAGGCAUGACAUCCAACCGAUUACUGAUGCAGCUGCAAGCUGACAUACUGUGUAUCCCAGUUGUAAAGCCGUCCAUGCCUGAGACCACGGCUCUGGGUGCUGCCAUGGCAGCAGGAGCAGCUGAAGGGGUUAGUGUGUGGAGCCUGAACCCAGAAGAUCUCACAGAGGUCACUUCAGAGAAAUUUGAACCUCAGAUCAAUCCAGAGGCAGAAAGUGAACUGCGAUAUGCUCGUUGGAAGAAAGCUGUUCAAAGGGCCAUGAACUGGGAAACGAUAGAACCAGUCAACAAUGGAAAUGAGGACACUAAUAUCUUCAGUAGUGUACCCUUGGGCUUUUACAUUCUGGGUAGCAUGUUUAUGUUAAUUGGAGCAAAGUACAUUGCAGGGCAGAAGUUGGCUUGAACUGAAAAAUUGAAGACUCAAAAUGUGCUGUAGUGGCACUGGCAUUAAAGUAUCAGACAAUUCUAUCACGUGUGGUACCUCAGAAUUACAAAUGAAGAAAUUGUUUGGCUAUGGAGCAAUUUGGCUAUUGCUAGAAAAUAAUGUGAUCGUGUAAUUUAUCAAUUGUAAUAAUGUAAUUAUUCUAUAAAAUAAUCCCAACACUGUUUUACAGAAGGAACUGUUUGACAUUGAAGUUGCAGCGGCUCAGUGUUUCUUUUGUUCUGCUGCUAUUUUGCCUACACUGUAAAUUGUCAUGUACUGACUUUCAGACAUUAACAUGCACAUUGUGUGGAUUUUUUAUUAAGGUUGUAAAAAUCAAGACAUGCUAAAAUUACUGAAACCUAUUCAGGAGACUUAUUUUUAGUGCACUUUACUAUGUAUUAUCCUGGGUUCUUUUUUUGUAUAACCAGCAAAGGAAUUCAAUUAAAUUCUUUGUUAUUUCUAUAGUGCUUUUACAAUAUAUAAAAGCCGCUUAAUAUAAUGACAUAUUAGUAAAUUAAAACUGCUUCAGUUCAGUUUUCACAGUUGAAGUUCAGUUUAGUUCAGUUCAGUGUAACUUGAAUAUCACUGCCAUAAGCCAAAACAGUAAAGAGCAAAUCCAACGAUGCACAGCUCCACCCAACCAAAAGUCCCAAACCAAGCAAGCUAGUGGUGACAGGUGUGAAGGAACAAACUUGAUCAAUUGACAAAAGUGAAGGAAAAAACCUUAAGAAAAAAACAGACUCAGCUGGGUUCAACCAGUUUUUGUCUGGCCAAACGUCUUGUGCUGAGCUGCAAUCUGGGCGUCGGAUGCUUGAGAAUGACAGACAUCAGUCAUAGAGAGGCUGCAGGUCAGUCUUAUAAUCUCCACUCAUCCAUGACCACCACAGCAUCUGCACAGGAUAUGGGACGGAUCCAGGAUUAUAAAGACUUCAUGAUAAGGAAAAACAGACUAACAUAAGUGUAGAUGCUAUUCAGAUUAGAAUGUCUUUUUGUUGGGAAGUGUUCCCAGCUCUGGUUGCACUAAUUAAUGCAGCCUAACAAUUCUUUAGAGCAGGGAUGUCAAACUCAAUUCCUGGAGGACCGCAGCCCUGCACAGUUUAGUUCCAACUCUAAUUAAACACAGCUGAUCAAACUAAUUAAGUCUUUCAGUCUUGUUUGAAACCUACAGGUAAGUGUGUUGAAGCAGGAGUGGAACUAAACUGUGCAGGGCUGCGGCCCUCCAUGAAUUGAGUUUGACAUCCCUGCUUUAGAGGAUUUGGAAGUGAUGCAUUUUGUUUUAUGUUCAUGCUCAGGGCGGACUGGCCAUCUGGCAGAGUGGGCAGUUUCAUGCUGGGCUGACAUACUUUUUGACCCGGGCUGAUUAUCUUCCUAUGAUCUGAUCAGCCUAUAAAACGCUUUGCACCCUAUCUUUUUUUCUGCCUAAUUAAUUGAUGAUAAUGUGAUCUGUGAUGCUCUGAAAAUUAGUUUUUUUUUUUCCUCGAACAGACUGGUCUAUGUGACAUAAUCUGCAGCCCAUUGGACAUUUGGGCUGACCCAAUCACAAACUCCAAUUUUGGGCUCGUGAGCGUACACAUCAGUCUUUAUUUGUCAAAAUAGUCGAGAGUCAGAGAAAUUGAGGGAAACACUGGAAUUUCAUCUAGCGUUUCUAAAAAGUUCUCCGUCCACACGUGAACACACACACACACACACACACUCUGUCAUGCGCUGCAACCAGGCAGUCAGCAGGUGCAUUGAGCACAAAACCCCAAUGGCAGCUGUAUGGGACGGGAUCAUCCUCAUGUCUAGCAGGUAUAUCAGGUUUCCAUACCAUGCAGUUGACCAGCCAAACAUUAAACCGCAAUUUGCAGCGAUCACCGGGUUUUCCCAAUGUAAUCUGAGCGAUCGACUGCACGCACAUUGGAAUAAAGGCGCCAUCUGAAGACGAAUUUGGAUGAAUCAGAAACAUUUCCAUUCAAUAAAAGUCCAAAUAAUAUGUGACGCUCAAAUGCACUUAACAUAAUACACACAAUUAUUAAUGAUUUUAUUAAUGAUUUUCACUUGUCUUCCUCAUGAUAAAGAGUGGGCAAAAUUUGAUAUGUAGUGGGGAAAAAAGUGAGUUCAUCAGAUGCUGGGUUCGAACCGAGUCCAUGAUCGAACGUGUCAAAACAUGUUGCCAUGCGCUUUAUGAGCUACGCCACUCAUGCUGCUAUUGACACUACAAAAUUUUACACCUUUACAUCAGACCAUCUUUUUUGAUUCACUCAUAGUGCAAUGAUUAGACACAACUGCGAUGAUCAGACCCAACUCUCCCACUCUAUUUUUUUUCUUUUGUUAUUAAUUCCGGACGACAAACUUGCAAAUAACACCGUUUUUCUCCGGUCUACCUCUGAUAGGAUCACCUCCAAUUCACAUUCUGUUCAAAGUUUCUCUGUUUUCUUGCUUUUGCCAUUGCUUUUUCAUUUGGUUUUGCCAAAGUAAAGUCAUUAGCAUAUUCAUACGGGGGAGGAGGCAGGGAGGGGUUUUGCGCUCGUGCACGUGCACUCAAUUUCACGUUAAUAGAGUGAAAGAACUAUGAUGUCAAUUUGUAUGCAAAAACCCGGAAGCGAGUUAGUAUUUUAGCAGUUCCAGUUCCCUCGUCCCAAAGUCAAUGGGUUUUUUCAAUGGGAUUUCAGUUAAAUCGCUUAAAUAAGGUUUGUGGCAAACACAACUUCAAUAUACUUUCACAAUUUAUUCUAUGACAUAAAACACAUCAGUUAUGUCAUACUCUUGAGUUUUUAAAUCGGUUAGGCUUCUUUAAAAAGACUGUUGCUAUCAAGUUGCUAAAUGGGACUACAGGCGGUGUCAGAGGCAUUAUACGUCAUCGAGCUAAACUCGUCUGGAGCGCAGCUCACUUGUGUUUCGGGCAUUUGGAUUUCUUUGUUAUUUAAGUAUUUUCUUAAAUAGUAUAUUAUAGUUUGUAGUAUUUUUCUAAUGGGGAAUUCAUAUUGUGUGUAGAAAAUGCAUUCAUUGUAAAGACUGUCUAGACAGAUUAAUUUGUUGAUCAUUUAUUUUAACUAAAGAUAUGGGGAUACAGCUUACCAGUGCAGCCAAAAAUACAUACAUAUUAACUGUCAUUUUAACGUGAUCAAGUGAUUUUUCGUAAUUUUUUUUUUUCAUCUGAACACAUUUAACUCUGUCAUAACUGCAAUAUUUACAGUCCUCCUUAAAAUGUAUAGCAUAUGUGACUGUAUGGGCAACUUUUCGCUGUACUUCAUGACAAAAAAAAAUUGAAUGUUGGAAUGUUCCAUGAUGGAACUUGCAGGCAUUUGAUAGACUUGCUCCUCACGUCUCAUUUCUGUCGUCUGUUAAGGUAAGCGGGCUGUGUGCACGCGAGCAAUACACUUAUUUAAAUGUGUCUUAUGAUAAUACUAUGUAGGCACAUUUAUACAUACAGUUUUAAAACUUUUACAACAACCGUAAAGCAAACCAGAUGUAUUUCCCAUGUAUAAACGAUCCAAAAGGCACGUGGGUCUAUGUGUAUUUGCGUAUUUAUUUGUUGAUAAUAUAUAGCGUGGAUUAUAAUAUAAUAAACAUAAAGAUUAACUCUGUCAUGGACAUUAUUUCUAAAAAAAUAAGAUAGAAAAGUUGUCCGUAGCAGUGGUGCUUUCGUCACAGGCGAGCGCCCCGUAAGCAAUGUAGUCCGUUUAUAGCCUAAUGUUAGUUUUCAGUUCUUGCGUUUGCAUUUAAGAUACAAAAGUGCUAAAAGUUGUAUUUUCGUGUGAGGAUUAUCCGGCUGGACAAAACAUGUAAGUGUAAUAAACAGUGUUUGAACAAAGAGCUUAUUAUUUGCAAUCUUCGAAAACCCUAUGGGAAAAUCCUAUGGGGAUUUUAUUGAGGGAACCAGUUUUAUGCUAGCAGCCGAUUAGCCUACAAGGUGACAUCAUAGUUCCCCCACUCUAUUCUGAUGUACAAAAAGAAUAUGCGUGCGAUUCUGUAUACGCAGCGUUUCAAGCAUCUGAAUUUUUUACUGUGUACGCACAUUUACAGCUUUGUGCAUAUACGCAGUGUUUUAGUUUGGUUUCAAUACAAGUCUUCGUACAUGAGGUCCCAGGUGAUAGCAGUGCACAUCAGCCAGUUCAUCAAAAAUCUACUGCUUUAUCUAAUCUCACUAUAGCUGUGUCUAAAAAAGUCUAAAAUUUAAAAAUCAAAUCGAAUCUAAUGUUCAUUUAAAUUCUUUUUUGUUGUUGUUGCUAGGUUUUUGUAGUGUUGUAGUUCUUUAUUUCACUAGUCCAGUUGGAAUUUGUGGUAUUACAACUACAAAUUAGACCAACAUGCAUUAGCAAUCAGCUUUCUGUUACUGAACUCAGUGCGCGCAUGUGACUUCAUCCAUGUGUUUGCGGAGGUUCGCUUUGAGUGCGUGCGACAUGAUUUCAGCUGGUGGAGCUCACAUAAUUUUUUGAGACUCGGGUGAACAGUUCGCAGGGCGCUGCUUUUGAUUUGAGUUAAAUAUGAAACACUUUGAAGAGAUUUUUUCUGAAACCAAUACGACUGUACAGACAUCUUUAUGAUCUGUCCAUGCGUGAUCAUAGGGAGAACCAGAGGCCUCAUGUAUUAACGCUGCGUACGCACAAAAACUUUGCAUACGCCACAUUUCACGCUCAAGUUUGGAUUUACUAAUGAUGAAAUGAACGUGAGAAUGUGCGUUGGUCCAUGCCAACUUCAUGUCUGGCGUACGUGCAUUUCUUGUGUGUGUUUGUUUUAUUUCCAUUGCCGACUCCUAAAGGGAAUUGUGUUAAAUUGCACACUACAAAAUAUCUUUGAACCGUGCAAUGGCAGCUGUAUGUGACGGGAUCAUCCGCAUGUCUAGCAGGCAUAUAAGGUUUGCAUACCAUGCAGUUGACCAGCCAAACAUUAAACUGCAAUUUGCAGCGAUUGCCGGUUUUCCCACUGUAGUCAGAGUGAUUUGCACGCACAUUGCUAUAAAGGUGCCAUCUGAAGAUGAAUUUGUAUACGAGAAUUGGAAACAUUUCCAUUCAAUAAAUGUGCAAAUAAUAUGUGAUGCUCAAAUACGCUUAACACAAUACACACACACACACACACACUUAUUAAUGAUUCCUACUUGUCUUCCUCAUGAUGAAGAGUAGGCAAAAUGUGUAUGUAUAUGUAGUGUGGGAAAAAAGAAGAAUGAGUUCAUCAGACGCUGGAUUCGAACCGGGUUCAUGAUCGAUUGUGUCAAAACAUGUUGCCAUGCGCUUUACGAGCUACGCCACUCUCUAGUUCUGUUGUCUCUGUGAAUCAAAUGGUGAUGGGCGGGAUUCACUCAACUAGCUCAUUCCAACGAGGUGUGCUAUUUGCACUUAGCCUAUAGACACUACAAAAUUUUACACCUUUACAUCGGACCAUUUCUUUUUCACAGUGCGAUGUUCAGACCCCACUGCAAUAACUGCGUCAGCUAAACUCUCCCACUCUAUUUUUUUUCUUUUGUUAUUAAUUCUGGAGGACAAACUUGCAAAUAACACAGUUUUUUUUCGGUCUAUCUCCGAAAGGUGUACCUCCAAUUCACAUUCUGUUCAAAGUUUCUCUUUUUGCUUGCUUUUGCCGUUGCUUUUUCAUUUGGUUUUGCCAAAGUAGAGUCAUUACCAUAUUUAUUAAGACGAGGCAGGCAGGGGUUUUGCGCUCAUGCACGUCUGAUCAGUUUCACGUUAAUUCAGAUGUACAAAGAGAAUAUGCGUGGGAUUCCACGUAUGCAGUGUUUCGUACAUCUGAAUUUUUUACUGCAUAUGCACAUUUACAGCUUUGUGCGUACGCAAUGUUUUAGUAUGAAUUCAACGCAAUUCUUCGUACAUAAGGCCCCAGAUGACCAAUAAUUAUUGGCUAAUAAUUGCAACAGCCAUGGGAAAGGAGGAAAGUUUUUGUAAAUGUUUGGAAAAACCUGUGGGAUAAGUUUGUUAAAACAAAAAAGAGGCCAUGCGAAAGUGGAGACCCAGGUGGUUUUAAUAUUGCAGAAUGUUUUUCCACCAUUCAUAGGUUUUACACUGAUGUAUAUAUUACAAUUUUGAAUUUGAAACAAUUUACAAGUUACAAACUAAAAUUAAGAAACAAAUUAUGUCUUUGAUAACUGGAAAGGAAUAUUUGAACCAUGAUAAUGGUCAGGAUUGUUGGACCAUUAUUGCCUUUUUAGAUUAUAAGUAGAGGACAGAAACCAGCCAGACAGUAAUGAGUGAAUUGUUAAGUGGGCAAAAAAAGUCAGUAUUUUUAGUAAGUGUACUUUAUUUUGCUUUUAUUCUUGCCAUGAUAAAAAAUAUAAGUGUAGAGCAACCAAUGUUCUGUUGCCUUUUAAUAUUUAACUUUAAUAGGUAGAACUGUCCGAGAUAUGAACAAAAGCAAGUUAAGCGUUAAACUUUUAAAAAAUCUUGAAUAGUUGUAAAAAUCUUUAUAAUCAUUUUAAUGAAUUUUAAAACUAAAUAAAGAAAUUAGUUUAAAAAUCUUCAGUGAUAUUAAUAGGUGCGUUCAACAUGAAGCACAGCUGCAGCCGGUGAUCAACAAGAUUAGCCGAGCACGGGCGGGGGCGGAGUCGAAUAAGAAGCCGGACAGCUGAUCACUUCGGGGCUCAAAGUUGCAGCAGUAUGAUGACCGAUCACACUGAUUCCUCAUCAUUUUUUUAUUUAUAACAACAAAAGAUUUACAGUACAAAUAAAACAGAAUACAGUCUUUACAAACUAUAGUUCAUUUUUUAACAAUAAGGGAAUUAUGAGUAAUUAUGAAUAAGGGGAAACGAGAGGGUAAUAUUAACAUACAGACCUAUUACAUACAUUACAUUACAUACAUAAUAGACCUAUUAAAUACAGAGUUUAUACAUCACUCUUUAUUUCUUGUUUGAAUAUGCUAAAAGGGCUUUACAUUUAUAGAUAUAAAACUUUCCAAUAAAUAUUAGUGUAAAACCCAAAACAAGGUGUUUUAAGUUUUAAACAAUGAUUAAGAUUAUUUUCGGAUAAUAAAAGCAUUUUCAAAAAAGCACUUUAAUCCAAAAAGAUGGAACAAAAAAGGCAUUCCUAAAAUAAAUGAGCUACACUUUAAGUAGACGUUUCCCAGAAAAAGCAGGAUAUAACAAUGUCACUUUAAAACUUGUAUAUUUUAUAAUCAUAUAAAUCAUUUGAAAAUUAAUUAUUAAAAUAGUUCUUUAACUUAAUUUGUUAAAAAAGCUUUGGGUGGCAGGAUCAAUGAUGAAAAUUAUUUUAUUUCAAGACUGUAAGACUUAUUUGAGAUAAUAUUUAGGUUAUUCACUAAAAUAUAUAAUUUAAAUCGUUCAUGGAGCUGAAUGCAGUAAAUAGUCUGUAUUAAAAAAAGGUAGAAAAUUAACCUGUGCAAACAAUCCAGCCUUUAAAAUAUGAUUAUUUAACAAAAAAUGAUUACUGCAGUAAAAUAUUUGUAGUCUUUUAAUAAGCAUGAUGUGUACAAGAUAGAGAAGGUAUGAAAAGUUAAUUGUUUGUUUAGAAACUUUUGAAUCGGAAGUUGUCCAAUAAUAAACCUGAAACACACGUGGUUGUUGUCAUGAGGUGAACUCGGCCAAUGUGUAAUAUUGGUGUCGUCAAAGCAGUUCCAGCAGUCGCUCUUCAGAUGCUGCAUCGGCUAAAUCAAACGUCUGAUCUCGGAGCACUGUCGCGGUACUUUGAUGCCACAUGCGACAGUCACAUUGCGUCGGCGCAGCGUCAAUCCGGACAUUUCUAACCAGCAUGCACAGCUUUAAGACAGAUUUCGGUCGAUCUGCGCAGCGCUGCAUGAAGUCGAACGCACCUAUUGAUAUUACCUCGUUCCGGAAACUUUCUACUUCUCUGGUUAUCCGUCUGAUUUUAUUGUCUGUUUCUUUUGACCACCCACCCACCCCCUGUCAUUUAAAAGAAUAUCUCAAUGACAAACGCAUCAAGUAUAAAAGCCUCGUCUGUUUCGUGAGGUGCCUUAGGAUGUUUUUUUUUUCUCCUGUAGUUCAAUGGUGCAUCUAACCUGUCUUCUGUACUUUUAAAUUUGAAUAAAUUUAUUUUACCACUAA